AUGGCUAAAGAGUUUGAAAUGAAAGAUGUUGGAGAAAUGUCUUACUUUCUUGGAGUAGAUGUGAAGCAAAUUGACGAAGGAAUUUUUAUGUCACGUAAGAAAUAUGCAAAAGAAAUUUUGAGCAAGUUCAGAAUGAAAGAUUGUAAGUCGGUCUCCACACCCAUAGAAGCAGGAAUGAAGUUGAAAGCUGAUUUAGAUAAGGAGCCAAUAAAUCCUAAACUAUUCAAGAGCCUAGUCGGAAGCUUAAGGUACUUAACUUUUACUCGACCAGAUAUUAUAUUUGCAGUUGGCUUAGUUAGCAGAUACAUGGAGCAACCAAGACAAGAUCACUUAAGUGAAGCCAAUAAAAUUUUGAGAUGCAUUAAAGGAACUGUUUAUUAUGGAUUGUUGUUUACACACUCUAAAGAUUCAAAGUUAGUUGGCUAUUCAUAUAGUGAUUAUGGUGGAGGCACAAAUGAUCGAAAAAGCACAUUAGGAUAA